ACAAGGUAACCAUCAAUCACGCGUUGAGCUCCAAAGAUGGCCGAGAUCCAGGCCAAGCUGCAGUCCCUUUCCGAGGAGUAUCAAAAGCUCCAGCAGGAUCUCCAAAACACAGUGGCUUCACGCCAGAAGCUGGAGGGCCAGAGACAAGAAAACCUCGGAGUGCAAAAGGAAUUCGAAAACAUUGGCGAGGAUGAGACCAUCUACAAGCUUGUGGGACCAGUCUUGCUGAAGCAGGAAAAGUUCGAGGCAGAGAGCACCGUCAAGGGUCGACUGGACUUUAUCGGAGGCGAAAUUACAAGAUUAGAGGGCCAGAUCAAGGACACGCAGGAGAACAUUGAGAAGAAGAAGACUGAGAUUAUCCAGAUUCAGGCAGGGGCCCAAGGGGCCAUUAGCGCACAGUAGAUAACGAGACAAAUAAAUCAAAUGAAAAGAUAGCUUGGCAUCGUAUCCAAGAAUUUCACCG